AUGUUGAAUAUCUUUAAAGAACCUAAACAUAGAUUAAAUAAAUUCCUAUCAGCUACAAAUAUAGCACCGCCUCAAUUAAAUCUUGACUAUAAUCCUGAAUUAAGUGUUGGACUAUUCUGAUCUAAAGAAAAACUAACACACGUGAUAUAAUUAAUCAAAGAAUAAAAUUAAAUAUAAGUCUGAAAUGUCCAAGUGAUAUCGAUGAUGCUGUUCUUGAUUUUACUGAAAUCAUCCAGUCAGCUGCGUGGAACUCUACCGUCCACCGGAAGAAAAAUUAUAGCUCUAACCAGUUGUUGAUUCCUGCAUAUGUCCGCGAACUAAUAACCCAAAAGAGGAGAGUCAGAGUCCGUUGGCAACGAACAAGACUCCCAUCUGACAAAAGUAUUUAUAAUAAGCUAACCUGGUCACUUAAACGUAUCCUGCAACAUCUAAGGAACGAAUCCUUUAAUAACUGGAUUGCAUCCCUAACGACCAGGGACAACUCGCUCUUGAGAGCAACACGUAAUUGUUUAAAACAAAAGUCCGCCCCAACUUCCUUAAAAAAAUCCGAUGGUACUUGGUGCAAAUCAGAUAAAGAGAAAGCUGAACUUUUCUGUUCUCACCUUUCGGAAGUUUUUAAGCCUCACCAACCAACUUCUAACGUCACCUUCUCGGAAACAAUUGAAAACUCUCUUAAUUCAGCCCUGCCACUUUAUCUCGCCCCCAAACCUUUUUCACCAGGUGCGGUUCUUCGUUUUAUAAAUACGUUUCCACUGAAAAAGUCACCCGGUAUAGACCUCAUCACAGCUGAGGUAGCUCGACAACUGCCAAAGAUGGCAUUAAUUCACCUAACCCACAUCUUAAACUCUAUCUUGAGGCUUUCGUACUUGCCCAUUCAAUGGAAAGUAUCCCUUAUAAUCCUAAUUCCCAAGCCUGGCAAACCUCCCGAUACUCCAUCAUCUUAUCGUCCAAUAAGCUUACUUCCUUUCUUUGCAAAACUGUGUGAAAAAAUGAUCCUAAAACGAAUAUCCAAUAUAAUUAACGACAAAAAAAUUAUCCCCUGCACGCAAUUUGGCUUCCAAGACAAACAUUCCACUAUCCAUCAGGUACACCGCCUUACUGACUCAAUNUUUAUUUUUUAAGUCAUAUCUCGAGGACAGAUUCUUUGCCGUUAAAGUUGGCUCUGAAAUCUCAAAUUUGGCCCCAAUCCUUGCUGGUGUUCCUCAAGGCGCCAUCUCUUCUCCCAUAUUGUUUAACAUAUACACAUCGGAUCAACCAACCACUUCUCAAACUUCUGUAGCCGACUUCGCUGAUGAUAAAGUUAUAUAUAUUUCCGAAAAAAACCCAUUUCUUGCCAGCCAAUAUUUGCAGAACCAUCUAAACCUACUCUCUGAUUGGUAUUCCAAUUGGAGAAUUAAAAUAAACAAUGGCAAAUCAUCCCACAUCACCUUCACUCUCAAACAAUCCACAGUACCUCCAGUUUAUUUAAACAAUAAAGUUAUUCCUUCCUCCUCUAAUGUUAAAUAUUUGGGUCUCACUCUCGAUAAACGACUUACCUGGGCCUUACAUAUUAAGCAGAAACGUCUCUUGCUAAAUGCCAGACGAAGAGCGCUCUUCCUACUUAUAGGAAGACAAGCAAAAACUGACCUAAAAACUAAACUGCUACUGUACAAAACCCUUCUCAAGCCAAUUUGGUUAUACGGUAUCCAAUUGUGGGGUGCAGCAAAAAAGUCUAAUACUUACAAAAUUCAGGCAUUCCAAUCGACCUCACUGCAAAUGAUUACAGGCGCUCCUCCGUACGUUUCAAACCACACUUUACACUUAGACUUAAAAAUUUUAACCAUCCAUGAAGAAGCCAAAAAUGCCUAUAGACUUUUCCGCGCGCAUCUUACAAACCACUCUAAUCCAUUAAUCCGUGCCCUAAACUCCAAUUCCAUUCCAGGUAAUCCACCUAGUAGGUUAAAGCGUAAUUGGAACCGUGACCUGUAA